UUAUUAUACACGAGGUGUAUAUAUAAACAUAUCAUAUGUGGUCAUUUCUUGCUAAGGGACCCUCAAAAGAAUUAUCAAAAUAUGAUAUAGGAGAGAUAAAAUUGAUACCUAAUGAAUACUCAUUUUGGACAAUUCACAAAGGAAAGAACAAAGCAACUGGUGAUGAAGUAUCAAUAUUUGCUUUUGAGUUCAAAAGUCACAAUGAAAAUGAAAUAAAAUUGGCUAAAAAUGCCUACAAACGAUUGAAAACUUUACGGCAUCCUGGAUUAUUAACCUUCCUUGAUGGCUUUGAAAAUGAUUCCUGCAUAUACAUAGUAACAGCUGCAAUUGAACGACUAUCAACCUCUUUAUAUGAUCAGCCAAAUAAUCCUUCAAAAUUUACCAAAUCAACAUUUUCAUCGAGCGAUUGGGGUCUUUUCAAACUGGCAUCCCUGUUAAAUUUCCUCAACUGUGAUUGCAAUAUGGUUCACAAUAAUAUAUCCUCUCAAUCAAUCUACCUUGAUAAAGCAAGUGAGUGGAAACUAUUUGGUCUUGAAUCAGCUUACAAUUUAAAAUCAACUGAUAAUAGUGGAACCAUGACUGUACCCACUAAGCCCAGAGUUUUAGUUAAGUACGAGCCUCCAGAAAUUUCCAGAAACCCUAACUAUUACAUAGAAAAUUCUUCAAAUCCCUCCUGGUCCAUUGAUAUUUGGGGAUUCGCUUGCCUAAUAUGGGAAGUCUUCAACGGGGAACUCAAGCAAAAAUCUCAGCUGAGCGACACAUCAAAAAUACCCAAAGACUUGGUACCCCUUUACUGCGAAAUGAUGAAUAGCAACCCCAAAUCGCGGUUAUCCCCUGCCCAAUUUCUCGAAAAAAGUCGUUCCGGAAAAACCGGUUACCUAAACACCCCUUGCUUAUCGGCCAUGAUAUUUUUGGACGAAAUUCAAAUGAAAGAUUCGAACGAUAAAAAGAAAUUUUUUUCCACCACAUUGCCCCCACUGUUGGAUUCGUUUAGCCCCGAUAUAUGUAAACACAAGAUUUUGCCACAGAUAGUUCAAGCUUUCGAGUAUUGCGAAGCCGGAACGGCUAUUCUGCCCUCCCUGAUCAAGUUGGGCAAUACCAUUUCCGCUGACGCCGCCGCCUACGACAAGCUCGUAAAACCUAGCCUGAUCAAGCUAUUCGCCAGCACCGAUAGACACACUAGGAUGGCCUUGCUAAAACGCUUACCCGAGUUUCAAGAUAAGUUGAACGCUCAAACUGUUAAUGAUCAUGUGUUCUCUCCGGUUAUAACCGGAUUUUUUGAUACUAACCCCUUGGUCAAGGAGGCCACUAUCAAAGCUAUGAUAUACCUGGCUCCCAAACUGAAUUAUAACAAUUUAAACGUGGAACUGAUCAAACAUUUCGCUAGGCUUCAAGGCACCGACCCCCAAGGGGGUAUAAGGACCAAUACCACAGUUUGCAUGGGCAAGAUAGCUCCCUAUUUCGAUCCCAAGAUUAGACAGAAAAUUUUAAUUUCGGCCUUCACACGCCCUUUCAAGGACGAAUUCGUAGCUUGCAGGCAAGCCGGUCUUCAGGCUCUUUUAGCCACUGCUCAGUUCUAUACGGUGGAGGAUAUAGGGAAAAAAAUUUUGCCAUCCAUAUGCCCGCUCAUGCUAGAUGCCGAUAAGGGUGUCCGGGAUUUAGCAUUUGAAGUUCUAGAAGAUUUUUUACGCAAAUUAAAGGACGUCUCGGAGAAUCCUGAUAAACUAGCCGAAAUAAAUAAUCUUGCCAUGAGUACCAAAUUUCCUGUCGAUAUCGAUUCUGAUCCCAUUUCCGCUCCCCAGAGUGCUUACAAGAUUGGCCAAGCCAGCAAAGUUGCCCUCACCUGGGUCUCCACCCUCCUGACCUCUAAGUUAUAUGGGAACGCCCAAAGCAACGGUUCAGGAACUUGCGAUGAUAAAAGCGACAAAAUGACUAAUAGUGCGUCAGAAUCGAAUUUAAAUAAACCGAGUGGACAAAUUAAGAAUGGCGUGAUAGAUAACGCGAGCAUGAAGGAAGAAAAAAAUCGAGGAAAAAAAGAUUACACGGAAGAUUUCGAGAUUGAAACGACCGGAGAAGGGGACAUGCUGGAGAUGGAGGACGACGAAGCCUGGGAGGGAUUGGAGGAUUUGAAUCUGAAUGCCCGUACAGAACUUUUCUUCUCUUCCUUCACCAACAAAGAAGGUCGCCAGAUAGAUUUCAACGAAAGCGAAUCCUGGUCAACUUCUUCCGCCACCAAUGACAACCGUGAUAUCAACCAAAAAAAUCCUCGCAAAAGUAUCGCUCAAUCCCAAAAACAUGGGCUGGAUAAAACGUUGGACAGUAUCUUGAAAGAAGAAGGAUUGGGUAGAGACGAUCAGACAUCCUUACUACGUCACAACAAAAAUCGCAAUAUAUCCGCGCCGCUGACCGACGGGUCCGAUCAUUAUAACCCCAAAACCUCGAAAUUUGAUAAUGCUCCCAAAAACGUUGCCACCCGUAAAAACCAAUUAGUCAAAGAUGACCCAUGGUCCAGUUGGGCUUUUGAUUGACCGAACUGAUUGAAUUAUUUUUAACAAUUUAAUAUUCUUUUUAUAUGAGGUCAUGCAUAUUACGCGGUUUCUAAAAAGAAUAUAAUAUUUAUACAAUUUUUAAAUAUAAUUUUUUUUAAAAAAAAAAUAUUUAUAAUACAUUUUCUUAUACAAUAACCUUUUUUUU